UGAAGAAGUGCGGGAGGGGCGGAGCUACAGCGCAGCUGAGAGAGCGACGUGUUCUUUUGCUCAAUGUGCUAGCGGCUCAUUCAUCGAUAAAGUCAUGGUGUUAUUAGAAAACGACGCGUUUCUUACUGAACUCACUCGCCUGUUCCAGAAAUGCAGGACAAGUGGAAGUGUGGUCAUCACUUUAAAAAAAUAUGACGGGAGAACAAAACCGGUCCCCAGAAAAGGACAUCCAGAGACUUUUGAACCAGCCGACAACAAAUGUCUGUUCAGAGCGUCAGACGGCAAGAGGAAAAUCAGCACAGUGGUCAGCUCCAAAGAAGUCAUAAAAUUUCAGAUGGCAUAUUCUAACUUGUUGAGAGCACACAUGGACGGACUGAAGAAGAAAGAUAAAAAGAGUAAAAGCAAGAAGUCUAAAGCCACACAGUGAUUGACAAAAUCAAAUAAAAAAAGAGCGAGCGAGAGAGAGAGAGGUGUGCUGUUAAUUCAACCUCUUCAGGACAUCAAACACUCACCGGUGCCACUCCACCUUCCCAUCAGCCCCUGCAGCAUCUCAAUCAGACGCCCCCAUGAAACAUCUGCUCCGGAUCUGAUGGGAAACCUGAUAUUCAUCUUGUGUGUGGUGCUUCUCUGUGGACGCUCCAUCAGGAGGAACCUUAAAUCCUGCCAAUGUUUGACGUCUGCCCUUCCAAACCAGAUUUAAUUUGUCUUUUACUGGACUGAUGGAAAGGUUUUGUUUACUACAGAAUAUUAGAUUUACUGCAUCUCUGCUGAGAGAUUUCACUUCUUAAGAUGCCGAGGAUUUCAUUGAGCCAAGUUCUGUUAUUCAUCAUUUAAAAUACAAGCCAUGUUUUGAUCGCAGAAAUGUUUUGUUUUGUAGUAGGUGAAGUGUUUCUCCUGCUUUAUUUUUGACGAUAUCUUAAGUUUGUGUGUAUUUGUUAGAUUUCAUUUCCCCCUUUAUUGAAGAUUAUUGCUGUGCUGCUGGAUCUGAAUGUUGGCAUCAGUCUGGUUUGAAGAUGUACAGCGGAGUCUAUAUAAAGUUGUUUUAUUGAUGAGGACAGGUGAUGGGACACCUUUUUCUCACAAUGUUCCAUUUAUUGCAUUCAGCAUCACAUGACAUUGGUUUUGUAAUGAGUCCAACUACUUUUGAUUGAAAUGUCAGGAGGUCAGAAUUAAAUUCAGUUCGGUCAUGAUGA